CAUAACCCUCCCUUAUUCCUGUCAGCUGCCUUUGCACCGCCUCAGUUAUUUCUCCUCCCUACAAUUAAAAGGCAGCUCUUCAGGCUUCAGGCUCGGCAGUCGCCUCUUUGCUCUCAAAGCAGACAUCUGUUAGGAUCCACUCGCCAGUUGUAGGAUGAAGAAGAAGUUGUUCCUGGACGUGGACACGGGGGUGGAUGAUGCUCAGGCUAUCAUGAUGGCCCUUGCAGCCCCUGAUGUGGAGAUUUUGGGGAUCUCCUGCUGCCAUGGCAACACAAGCCUUGAGAACGCCCUUAAGAACACCCUGCGCGUCCUCAAAGUCUGCAACAGGCUUGAUAUCCCGGUGUACCGUGGCUGCGCCGAGCCCAUGUUAGCCCGCCAACGGCACGCUGGAGAUUUUCAUGGGAAGGACGGGCUGGGGGACGUCCCAGAUCCGGAUCCUCCGAGCCUGGACCUGCUGAAGAAGAAAGCGGUGCAGGCCAUGAUCAAGGCUGUGAGGGAGAACCCCGGAGAGGUGACUCUAGUGGCCACAGCACCUCUCACCAACCUGGGUGUUGCGGUGCUGCUGGACCCCAACUUCCCUAAGAAGCUGAAGGCACUCUACAUCAUGGGAGGAAACACUGAAUCCAGGGGUAACACCACAGUGUGUGGGGAGUUUAACUUUGUGGCUGACCCCGAGGCUGCCUACAUUGUGCUGGACCGCUACACCUGUCCCACCUACAUCGCCACCUGGGAGUUCAGCGGCAGGAACAGCCUGCCAUGGUCUUUCUGUGACGACUGGCUGGCCCAAGACACAGACAAGGCUCGUUUCAUGGAGAAGAUUUCUCGCCAUACGAGAGAGGUGAUCCAGACUGAGCGGUAUCAGAAGGAGAUGGUGGGGAAAUCUGGAUUCAACGCCUGUGACGCCUAUGCCUUAGCUGCGGCCAUCGACGACGGUCUGGUGACGGAAAGCGAAGAGGUUGCAGUAACAGUGGAGCUGGAGGGCACUUACACCCGAGGCAUGAUGGUCGUGGACUACAUGGGUCUGCUGAAAAAGAAGCAUAAGGCCGUCAUCAUGAAGAAAGUUGACCUGGAGAGGUUCAAACAAAUGCUGAUGAAUGCGCUGAAAUAGAUCUCUUAUUAUUCACUGUAUGUAUCAUGUUUUACAGGUCAUACCACUCAUAUGCGCACAUUAUUUCAACCUUUAAUCCAGUUUUAAGUGCCUUUUAGCUUCCAUUUCUUGCCACUCUGACCUGAAACAUUAUCCCAUCAGUAUAUGAUUCACUAUUCAUUCUUCAGCAUAACAAGCCAAGUAUAAUUAGUAUGUAAUAAUGAUCUUACUCUUAGACCUACAUUUCUUGAACUACCAGGAGGAGGAGAGGUGAACAAUGAGGAUGACGAAUAAGGAACUAUUUCCUUUCUACUGAGCUAUCGCUGCACAGAGGGAGUGUUUGUGGAUUAUCUGGAGUGACGAUCACGAUAACCGGAAAAACUCAUUGCUGUUCGGUUUUUCAAGUAUACAUAUUUUUCUAACCUGAUGUGUUUGGAACUGCGGGUCGUUGGUAAUAAACUGACCAUAACUUA